AUGGCCAGCGACUGUAUUGUCGUGCUUGGAGCCUGUAUCAUUGGACUCAAUGUGGCCCUUUUACUAGCCGGAAAAGGCUUCGCUAAAUAUGUCACCAUUGUCGCUGAACAAUUUCCCGGCGAUACUUCUGUUGACUACUGUUCACCAUGGGCUGGUGCCAAUUUCUCGGCUAUAUCCUCAAGCCAUGAGAAUGCGUUACGUUGGGACAGAAUUGGCUAG